AUGCCGUCCAUCCGCAAGUCGAAAUCGCGGACCAGCACGCCCAUCGCCAGCCACUCGUCGCCCUACGACGCAGAACCCCGCAAGGCCAAGAUGCAAAGCUCGCUCGACAUGUGGGUUGAGCCCGCACCCCAAAAUCCUGCACCCUCCUUCGAAGAGCACGGCUUCGCGCGCCACGGCGUCCUCGAAACCAUGGCUGCCCUCGGCGUCCCUCCUACCUCCCGCGUCAAGCAGAGGGUCCGCAGCCUGGGCGAUUCGCUUGCAAAGGGCCCCGUCCAGGGCAGGAAGGCCGCCGCUUUUGGUGACGAGGAGACGUCCACCCCGGAACUGACGCCCGCUCCUGAGAUUGAGCGCGACAUCUCCGAGCACCUGGACGACGACGACGACAUACCAAUGCCCCUUCCCGAGCUGGAUGAGGACGAGGACGACGACUACAUGCCCAAGCCGGGUCCCAAGAAGAAGCAGAAGACUUCGCACGGCACCAAGACGCCUGUCAGGGGUAAAGGCACCGCACAGAGCAAGCCCGCCAGCACUGCAAAAUCACCGGCCAAGAACGGCAUCAGCAAGACACCAUCUGUGCCGCCCGCGCCUGCCGUGGGCAGCACUCCUACUCGCACCUUGGACGCAGCACUUAUGCAGACCAUCGAGAUAGCCGUCAACGAUGCCCACGCCCGUUCCAUCAGGGACAACCGACCUAACGUUGGCAUUGCGUUGAGGCGCAUGUUCAACAGCGGCAAGUCCGACGUGACGCUAGCGCAGGCUUUGAACGGCAUCAUUCAUCAGAAAGAGUCAGCUGAGGACUGGUCAAAUUUCCGCGGCUUCAUCAAGUCGGCCAAAAAGACCAUCAAGCGCGAAUGGAAGAUCCAAAAAGCAGAAGAGGCGGCAAAGGCUGCGAAGACGCGCGCCUCGUCCGAGUUUGAUGGCGCUGAUGUGUCCUCGCCAGCUGCUGGAGGUGAAGGCCUACCCCACCCCACCAAUCUCGAGGUCCAGCCUGCUAUUGUUGCACCUCUCACAGAGUCGCCUUCACUGGACGCUACUCGAUCCCCCGCAGAUGUUUCUGACGGCAACGAGGUUGAUGGACCAAUACUCCACCCACUGAGCACAGCCCCCGCCUUCCCAGCAACCGAAGCAUCGUCACCGCGCGCUCCUAGGAUGGGAUCCAAGUCGCCACGCAAACGCACUGCGAAUGGUGUUCAUGAUCUGAGUAUUGAUGCAGAUGUCGCCUCUACUGCUCCUACCCCCGCACCCAAAUCGCCAGCCGGCAGUGACUCUGGGCUGUCGGAGGUUGACGAAGAAAUCCUCCACACUGGACCUCCUCAACCUGCCGCUCACGUCAAUGGCAACGGCACUGCAGCAACAAACAAAAAGUUGAAGACCCUCUCAGGACGCGGCGGCAAGAAGCAACAGGCUUCCCGAGCCAGCUCCGAAAAGCCGCCCACGAAACCGCAUCGCAAGUUCAAGCAGAAUGUACCGCGAACCGCAGAGCAGCUAGUUGAAGACGCAGAAGUCGAGAAGAGGCGUCAAGAGCUCGCUUACGACCAACAGAAGCGCUUUGGUGAACAACUUUCUGGCUAUGCACAAGUGUCAGACAUGCGCUUCGACGACGACGAGACUGCAUCCAUGACAGAGUCCAUCGCUGCCAUGGGCCCGCCUGGCGAUAUCAACAGGCCACGACGAGCAGGUCGACCAUCUGCGCGCAACGGCAUGUCUAUUCAGACCAGCGGCAUGAAGCGCGGACGUGAGAACUCAAUUUUUUCGUCACCGCACCCAGACUCGGCCGCGACCAGCCGCCCAUCUACGCCUGCAGCCGUCAGCCACAUGCCGUCCAAGCGCACCAAGUUGAACAAUGGUCAGGCUGGGCAUCCUAACCAGGCAGCGAGAACGAAGAAAUCGCCGGUCAAGAAUCGCGAUGGCCCUAUUGCAGGAAUCCCACAUACUGGCGGUGGCGGUUCGAGACAUUCGGGGCCUGAUGACAAUGACCCAGACUCGCCACCAUCCGAGAGUGAUGACCUUUGUUCAGCCUGCAGAGGUGCUGGUGAAUUCGUCUGCUGCGACACUUGCCCACGUGUGUUCCAUUUCUUGUGUUGCGAUCCGCCGCGUCUCGAUGCUCCCAGAGGAUCUUUCUUCUGUCAUGUCUGCGCGAAACCUGCCGAGGAUCUUCCCAUAGAAACGCCAUUACGACCGCUUUUCCAGGCACUUGAACACAUCAACACGCGUGCGUUCACGCUACCAGCAGACAUCCAGAACCACUUCGAGAAUGUUGCUGCGCGUCCUGAUGGCUCUUACCACGAAGACGUGAAGAAGUUCCCUCUCUCUAAGAACAGCGGCUAUGGCUACCAGAGGCCUGAUUACACAAAGGUUCUUGAAGGCGAUAAGCCUAUCUUAUGUUCAUCAUGCGGGUUGACUUCUGGCAACAAACGCCAGAUGCUGAAGUGCGACUAUUGUGCGGCAUACUGGCAUUUGGACUGCCUGGAUCCUCCCAUGGCAAAUCCACCCCACAUCAACCUUGAAUCCUCGCACCGUGACGCGUGGCGAUGCCCGCGUCACAUCGAGCACGAUUUCCGCAGCGGCAAUGUUACACAGAACGACAUCAAUGGUGCACAGGAUGCUGUCAUGGUCGACGCGCCAAAUUCCAGGCUUGGCCGGAAGGUGCGCAAGCCUCGGCACCCCCAGGUCAUCGAGCCUGCUUUCUCACGUGGUAUUCGCAACAACGGCCUGAUAGAGAUCCUGAAUGAUCCGGACGACGAUACUGAUGGCGAAGGCAAUUAUGUCUUUGGCGGUGAAGAGAAGGACAGCAGCUCCAGUGUCUACCGUGUGCCGGAGAAGGGUCUCAUCCUUGAUUUCAUCGACAAGGUCAAGACAAGUCGUCUCAACAAGGCAGCGAAGCUUGCGCAGAGCCGUGUGCAGAGCAAGGCAUCAAUGCAGAAUUUUGCCGCUCGCCCGAUCCAGCAACAACAAGCUGCUCUCAACCUUGCGAAACUGGCCAACAAAGAAACAGAGAUUGGGCUCAACGAGAGCAACGUCGAUGCGCUUAUUCUCAGUCUUACCGCCGAAGCACCGAAGGCUGUCGUCACUGCCAUCGACACUGCUCCCCCGCCCCCUGUGUCCAACGAGGAACGCGAAAUGCUCUUAAAGUUACAGGACCUGAUCAAGGCUCGCCUUGGUGGUGCCACAGCUUGA